AUGGGGUCCUGGUGGCUCGGACUGUGGAAGAUCGUUGGUGCGAUCUGGAAUAUGGUGCUUGAUGUUGCUCAGUUCUGGAGAGAUAAAUUGUUAUCAUGGUGGCAUUCCAAAUCCCCUCGAGAUCGACUCUUCCACACGCUAGCCAACGCGCAGAGCUAUGAGGAGUGGGAAGAAGCGGCAUUUGAGCUCGAUGAGCUACAAAGUAAAGAUUUAUGGCGCCAAAAUCCUGUCAGCCGACACUACGACUACCGACUGAUCCUCGGCCGGCUGGAAGCAUUGAUGAGCGCGCGCGAGUCAGAAGACAUCCUAACACUAGUAAAUCUACUCCGAUCCGGUCUAGUACGCAAUCUGGGCAACAUAACCAGUACGAAGCUAUUCACGCAUGCGUACGCAGGAACCAAGCUUCUGAUUGACGACUACAUCACGCAAGUAGCUCUGUCAAUCCAGUACGUGACAUCUGUCCCAGGAGCACCAAUGCACCCGAGCGGGUUCGGCUCGCAAGCGAAGCUGGAGCUACUGCAUGAUACACGGCAGGCGUUUGGGCGGACGACACUGCUGCUGCAGGGCGGGUCUGCGUUCGGGCUGUGUCAUCUUGGUGUUGUAAAGGCGCUGCAUUUGCAAGGUCUGUUGCCGCGGAUUAUUACAGGCACUGCGACUGGGGCGAUGAUUGCCGCGCUUGUGGGGAUUCAUUCUGAGGAUGAGUUGUUGCCGUUGCUUGAUGGGGAGGGUAUUGAUCUCUCUGCUUUUGAGAGGCGGAAGAUGGUUAAUGGUGGGAGUGGGGGUAACUCUAAUUCGAGUUGGGUUGGGACGUUUUAUCGAAGGAUGAGGAGGUUGCUGAGGAAGGGGUAUUUGUUUGAUGUUGGUGUUUUGGAGGAAUGUGUUCGGGCUAACGUUGGGGAUCUUACGUUUGAAGAGGCGUAUGCGCGGUCGAAGCGCAUCUUGAAUAUCACAGUUGCGACAAUGGGGAAGAACGGGACACCGAAUCUGUUGAAUUACUUGACUUCGCCGAAUGUGCUCAUCUGGUCCGCGGCCGUAGCAUCCAACGCCUCUUCCUCAGGCCUCUACUCACCAGUGACGAUCUAUUGCAAAGACGAAACAGGCACAAUAGUCCCAUGGCCACACACACAAGAUGCAGUCUUCCGACCCUGGCGACACGUCCAAUACAAUGAAGGCGAAUCCCCCCUCUCACGAAUCUCCGAACUCUUCAAUGUAAACCACUUCAUCGUCUCCCAAGCCCGACCAUACCUAGUUCCAUUCUUGCGCUCGGAAUUGAACCUCCUAGACCGACGUCAAACAGGCUGGCACAAUUUCUCCCGCUCCGCAAUGCGACUAGUAAUCGUCGAACUGCGCCACCGGCUCCGUCAACUCGACUACCUAGGCGUGUUGCCCGCUCCAUUGAGCAGACUCCUCAUCGACGAGACCAUCCCUGGACCGAACCUAACUCUCGUGCCGGACCUGUGUUUCUGGGAUUUGAGAAAAUUAUUCCAGAGUCCGACAAAAGACCGUGUCUCUGAGUGGGCACUUAAGGGCGAGAGGGGAGUUUGGCCUGCGAUUAGUGCGCUGAAGGUUCGGGAGGCGGUUGAGAUUGAGCUUGAUAGGGGGUAUCAGCUUGUUAGGCGGCGUAGACCGAGUGAUGCUUCGGCUUCAGUGUGUGUGCCGAAGCAGGUUAAUGCUAUGAAUGAGGGUGUGCCUAGGCGCAGGAGGGGUGGGAGUGAGAAUGAGGAGGGGAUUCUGGGUGAUCGGGAGUGA